GAUUUUUUUAUAACAAUAAUUUCAAAUAAUAACCUGGUUAAAGUUCAAUCAGCUGUUAAUCAGCAGGACCGGACAGGAAUGAUAACAAAUUUUUUAAUCAUGUUUUUUAUUGAAAUUUUGAAGGGAACUGGGAAAGACGAAAGUAAAAAUUUGUCACUAUUCACUAUUGCGUUUAUUUCAUCAUAAUUUUAAUUGGUUCAGUGAAGACAAUUGACCAGCCAUAACAUCUUCACUCUUGGUAUUUCGUUUUCGUGGCUUAGAGUGUUCGUUUUUGAUUUCAGUGUUCUGUGCUGAACUAUUGUUUUCUAUAAAAUCAUGUUACGAAUCUUUGUCCCGAAUGUACGACGUGUUAUGCUGAACAGCAGAAUUCGUUUUAAGUCAACGACUGUAAUCCCGGAAGCAGAGAAGGCCCUCUCGAAUACGAUUAAAGAAUUGACCAGAAAGCUGGAACUGGCCGAAGCCGAAGCAAAAAAAAAUAAAGCUUACGCAGAAGCAAGUAAAGUUUACGCAGAAGGUGUUUACAAUGAGUUCAUCGGAAACAAUGGGGCGUACAGCGAAACCGAGAAAUUACGUAUAGCCAAGAAACUGGAAGAAGUUCGCAAUUUAUAUUUAGAAAACCCACGUUUACUGUUAAAAGUAAAAAGUGGUGUACACGUCAAUCGAUUUGACGUGUUGAGCUGUUAUUUCCCUGCGAACAUCGACUCAAAACCGUUUGGGAAAUUCCAGCUUGCGUUGGCAUGGACCGUGAAAGAUGACAUGGAUAGGUAUUCUGUUAUACCGAUCUCACGAACUGCUUCGAGCUCAGAUGACCGCUAUGUCUUCGCUAAAAAAUUUGAUUCCAUCCCAUAUUACGUUUUGGUUGACCAGUUCACACCGAUGGAUGAUGCGUUUGUGCUCGGUAAAACGACAUAUAAAAUGGAAGUCGACGAAAUCGAACAAAUUUAUAUUCUGUUGAAGAAAUUAUUAAAUCUAUAGAAUGUCAAUGUUUAAUUUUCUACGAUUUAAUUUCAUUUUCGAUUUUGAUUUUACAUUCGCGCAUGUAUGUUAUUUAACAGAUGGAAUUAUGUCUCGUUAUGCACCUAUUUGUGUUUAUCUUAUUUUGAGAGUUGGAAGAACGCUUGAAUAAACCAUCAAAGAGAUUGGUAUAGUUUGAAUUUUGAAACGAAAGUCGAAAGGUUAACGAAAAGUCACAGAUUACAGACUGAUUAUUUUUAUAAAAUUCCUAGUACUGAUAGUUUUUAUUUUCCUAAUUAAUUAACCAGCUGUGAUGUAUUAUUUAAUUCGAGAAUAUUUGCAAUUUAAUUUCGUUAUCCUUUAUCCUGUAUUUUUAUAAUCGAGGUUUCCUUAAUUUGCCUAAUUGUAGCGUUAUUGGAUGCUGUAAUAAUCCACAUGUAGUUUCAUUACCUUUAUAUUUUUUUAAAACUUUCUUAUUACCCAAUUAGUCAAGUAUGAUUAAUAAGUACAAAUUCGUUUUUGUUUUUGUUUUCAACAUUUUAUACUUAUUGCGUGGUGGUUUUUGAAAAUAAAUCCUCGCCUUUGUGUUUAAUUCAUUGAACAUUAUGCACUUAAUUGUAUAUUUUAAAAAGUCAAAUAUCCACACAAUGAAAACGUCUGCUCUUUGAAUUUCCCACAAAAAUUGUACAUAUAAGUACUUAUCCGAAUGUAAGGAUUUCUUGCAAUUAUUCUAUUAGCAAAACAAAACUUUUGAUAAUAAUUUCGAAAUGAAACGAGUCUUACCUGAAAGAAUGAUUGACCUGGAUUUUCUUGAAAUUUUGGCAAAACAUGUCUUUUUGGGAUUUUGCCAAAAAAAGUUACCAUUUUCACCAAAUUUGAUAAAAAAAAACAAGGAUUUUUUUUUGCCAAUAAUAAUUUUGACUGGAAAGUACUUGGAAGCAUAAGAUUUAGGUGUUGGGGUUUUGUUUUGAUAAAAGUCUGAUACAAGUAGGUACUUUUUUUGCCAAUUUUGACAAAACAGCAUUUUUUUACCAUAAAAAAAGCGAGAUUUUCUGAAAAUGUUGACCUCGAAAAAGUUUUUUUUCUGAUUUUGUCAAAUAAAACAAGUCUUGGCAAUUUUGAAUGAGAAAAAUCGAAAAGUAGAAUAUUUUGCAAUUUUGAUUUAAAAAAAGGAAAUUUUUUGCUUCAAAUUUUACCAAAAAGAGCAUUUUUUAAAAAGAGCAUAUCUAUCUAUAUUUUGGGACAAAAAAACCUUUAUAAAAAUUUUUAACAAAAAGGAAGUUUUCUGCAAUUUUAGCAAAACAAAACAAAAACCCAAACUUUCUAGCAGUUUUGACAAAAAAAAACCAUCGAUUUUCCACAAUUUGAACAGAACAGCAGUGGUUUCUUUGCAAUCUUUACAAAAUAGGUAGUGAAUUUUUUUUUGAUAAUUUUGGUGAAAAAAGAAAAACAGGUGACCUACCUUUUGGCUUUUACAAUUUUGACCAAAAAAAAAAUUCGUGUACGACAACAAAUGAGAUUAUCUGGUAGGUAAUUUUAUUCAAAAAGACAGGAAUUUUUUGAUACUUUGAUGAAAAAUUCAUUUAAAAUGCAUACAAAAGACUAAAACAGUAGAAUUUUUCACAAUUUUGAAAAAAAAAGUUGAAACUUUUGAAUUUGAUAAAUUUGAUGAAAAACAAAACUGUUGUUUUUUUUUGCAAUUUUGGCUGCAAAAAAAGUAAGACUUUAUGACGAUUUUCACCAAAAAGAAGAAGUUUUCUACAGUUUUGGCAGAAAAAACACAAUUUUUUGGUAAUUUUGAUUUUGAUAUUCCAACAGCAAUCAGAUUGUUCUAGGCAAUGUAGGAUUUUUUCAAUUUUGAAAAAAAAACAAAAAACUUUUUUGGAAGUUUGGCCAUAAAACUAGUCUUUUUAGUUUUUUCUGCAACUUUAUUUGUGGCAAAAGGCAAAAACAUUCAACUUUCGCGUCUUUCGCUCACGUUUAUUCAUUCGAAUAGUCUGCCUGGCUUCGCGAUUUUCGGAAAGAGCAGUGUGUAGAACUGUAGAACCCUCAAAAUCGAAAUUUCAACAGCCCAAAUCAAAUUCUCGAUUUUUAGAAAUGUUUUUUUAAAAAAAAAAAAAAAACAAAAUAUCUAAACUUGAUGGGGGAAAAUCAAAAAAUUCAACUUUUUUCUGAUCAGUUCACAGUUCGUAGGAAAAUUUUUGAAAUUUGCAGUUGUUAAUUUGCACGAAUGGCAGUGGCUGUGUUACACAAGCCCCGAAAACUCCGAAAAGUCCUGAUCUCGUGAUGGUCCUGAUGAAUUGGAUUUUGAAUCUCACGAUUCGGAUUAGGGCAUUUGGGCAUUUUUUAAAAAUAGGGCUUGGUUUUCGGAGAAAGAGGUUUUGGGUUUUGACCUUUGGGCAAGGGCAACUGGCAACUCAGGCAAGGCUUUGUAGAUUUGUAGAUUACACUUUUUGAGAUUUUGGGGCUUGGACAUUCAGAUCAGGAAUCAGGAUUCAAGGAUUAUUGAUCACUGUAUCACUGAUCAGCGAUCAGCCUAGAUCAGGGCAUCAGGGCUUUUUCCAGUUUUCGGUCCUGGCCUCCAUGGUUCUGUUCUGGUCGAGGCUUCAUCCUCAACCUCACCUCAAGCCCGGUCAAAGGUGUGGAAAAUUGGAAUUGGAAUUGGAAAUGGAAAAUGGAAAAUGGAAAUUAAUUUGAGGUGGGCUGGGCCGCUGGGGGCUGCUGCUAUAAAAUUUUUGAAAUUCUUCAAAACGCCAUCUACGCUGUCUGAAGGAUUUUUUUAUAACAAUAAUUUCAAAUAAUAACCUGGCUUUUAUUCAUGGUUUUGCUAGACCUGCAAAAUGUUUUCCUAGUAUCAUCUAUUCUCUAUUGCGUUUAUUUCAUCAUAAUCAAUCAUAAUUUUAAUUAGGUAGUCAGAAUUUGAUGUCAACAUGCUGAGAAGAUUGUUCAGUCGAGUUCGUUUCCAGUCGUCCAAUACUUUCCCAGACGGAGAGGUUCCCUUGAAGAAAAUUGAUGUAUUGACUAGAGAGCUAGAAAAAUUCAAAGCCAUUGCAACCCAAGCCCGAGCCGAUGCCAAAAUAGCCAGAGAUGACGCAGAUCUUGUAUACGAGGUACAUCACUGUUGUGAAAGAUCACGCCCUGGGUAGCUAUUCCUCAAAUUUCGACGUUAACUGAUGAGUAGCCACAUCUGAACGGAUCGAUACGACGAAUUCAUCGGAUACUUUGAGGAUUUCGACGACAAUGAGAAAGCAGAGAGACGGAAAAAACUAAGACAAUUGACGAAAAGGUACAUCCACAAUCUUAAAUCAGCUGGUAUUCAUGUGUAAUGUUGUUGUUGUUUUUCCCCCAAUAAAUCUUUUGUCUAAAAGUAAAGAUUUUUUAGUUACAAAUGGUGAAUUUUUAGAACAGAUUACCUACCUACCUUUUGGUUUUUACAAUUUUGAAAAAAAAUAUAUAUAUAUUCGUUUGCGACAAGAAAUUAGAUUUUCUGGCAAUUUUAUUGUUUUAUUCGAAAAAACAGGAAUUUUUCGAUAUUAUAUUUUGAUAACAAAAAUUCAAUAAAAUGCAUACAAAAGACUAAGAGAGUAGAAUUUUUCACAAUUUUGAAAAAAAAGUUGAAACUUUUAAUAAAUUUGAUGAAAAUGAAACUGUUGUUUUUUUUUUGCAAUUUUGGCUGCAAGCUGCAAAAAAAGGAAGUCUUUUUGACGAUUUUCACCGAAAGGAAGGAGUGGAGUUUUUUGCAGUUUUGGCAGAAAAAAAACACAAUACAAUUUUUUGGUAAUUUUGAAAUUCCAACAACAAUCAAAUUUCAAAUUGUUCAAGGCAAUGUAGGAUUUUUUCAAUUUUGAAUUUUUUUAUUUUUUCAAAAUUUAAUUUUUCAAAACGCCAUCUACGCUCUCUGGCGGAUUUUUUUAUAACAAUAAUUUCAAAUAAUAACCUGGCUAAAAGUCCAAUUAGCUGUCAUAACCGACGCAUUUUUUUGAAAUUUUGAGCGGGAAGAAAAAAUUUGUCACUAUUGCAUUUAUUUCAUCAUAAUUUUAAUUAGUUCAAUGAAGACAAUCGUCCUGCCAUAACAUCUUCGCUCUUGGUAUUUCGUUCCUUGAAGUGUUCGUUCUUGAUUUCAGUAAGUAAUCGUUGUAUUGACUUUAUAGCAUUAUUAUACUGACAAGAACCAAUAAAAGCUGUCCGCCAUGUUUUCCUAGUAUCGUUAACUUAACUCUUGGUGUUUCGUGGCUUGGAGUGUUCUUUCUUGAUUUCAGUAAGUAAUCGUCAUCAUUUGAUUUCAAAAUCAUCUCACUUCGUUCUACCAACAUACUCGGUUUUACCCAUUCUGGCACUCGACGACUAGUUUCUUCAGACAUACAGAAUACAACCUGUUUUUAAGCAGCAUAAAUUUUUAUUGCAUGACAUUCGAUGAUAAUAAUAUGUGCUUAUGAGUAGGUAAUGCUUGGUUUGUUUCAGGUGUUCCGUAGUCAACAUUUCGUAUUUGCCAUCAACAUGUUGAGAAGAUUGGUCAGUCGAGUUCAUUUUCAGUUAGGUGGAUCACAAUCAUUGAUUCCACGUGUACCUGUAACUGUAUUUUAUGACGUUAAGUUAUCGAGUAAUGUUCCAAUUCCAAUAGAAGAUGCUUUCUUAAAUCAAGUAAACCGAGUAAACGAAUUGACCAGAGACCUAGAACGAGCAAAAGCCGAAAUACUGGAACGGCUGGAAACCGAACGGGCACGACUCGAAACCGAACUAGUACCAGCCCAAGCUAAACUGCUACGGGCCCAUGCUGAACUUCUACUGACCAAAGCCGAACUGCUACCAGACCAAGCUGAACUGCUGAUGGCCCAAGCCGAAUCCGAACUGCUACCGGACCAAGCUGAACUGCUACGGGUCGAAGCCGAACUGCUACCGGUCCAAGUAGAAGUGCUACAGGCCGAAGCCGAACUGCUAGAGGCUCAAGAUGAAUUAAAAAAUGCCAGAGCCGAAAGGGAUGCCGCUUACAUGGAGUUUAUUGGAAACAAUGAGGAGAUCGAUGAAGAUGAAAAACAAGGAAUGACAAUGAUGCUUGCAGAACGCAGUGAAUAUUUUCGUAAAUACCUGAAGUAAAUCGGCAUAAAUUACAUAGAAUGUAGGUACACGUCUUGUAAUUUGUAUCAUAAUUAUUAUCAAUGGUGUUAUCAUAGUUGUUGUUUUUUUAUUCAUUAAUAUUAUACAUUUUAAAUACGGAAAA